AUGUGGACACACGGUAGUACCUUUUAUAGUAGGCGGAAAAAAGCUCAGAACCGCGAAUUUCCGCACAUGGCGCGUCUUGGUUAUGGCCAAGAAGACAAUAUAAUUUGGGCAUGCGGAGGUUCUUUGAUCAGUGAUAACUUUGUCUUAACGGCAGCUCAUUGUGUUUAUGACAAAAAUUUAGGUUCUGUGAAUUUCGUGCAGUUGGGUGUUACAGAUUUUGAUUCAGGCACACCCAAAAAUUUCGAAUACUCUCAACUCUUCACCGUUUCAGAAAGAUUGAGGCAUCCAGAAUAUAAGCCCAAUUCUAAAUAUUAUGAUGUAGGAUUAUUGAAAUUGAAUAGAAUAGUGAACUUAAACAAGCAAGUAAUACCAAUCUGUUUGCCAAAAAAUAAUGAAAUUACUAAUAAAAAGCUAUAG